AUGACUGAAUAUCCGGUGUAUAUUGACUUCAAACAAAAAUUUUCAGUCGAUGUGACAUGUGACAAUAAUGAAGUGAAUCAAUUUAAAGGCAACUUUGGUGUUGUUGGAAGGGAAAAACUCUUACAAGUCGAAAUUCCGAAGUGUGGAGAAUUUAUAGAAAGAACAGCAACAAUCAAAAAUGACAGCGCCGAGUUCAGAGUUAACUGCAAAAACGCUUCUGUUACAUUUUCAAAUGAGGUUAAUGGGAUGGUCGGAUUAGGACAGAACAAUUACAUGUUUACUGAGAUAUCAAACAUUCCACUGAUACUCUAUUUUAUAAGCAGUGAUUUGUACACACAAUUUCUGACUUACAAGAGCGUACAAGGUACUUUAUUAAUGAGCAACAAUUAUUUAAAAACAACAAAAGGAACUUUGUAUGACAGUGUGUAUUAUUAUAAUGUCUCAUUUAAGGGUAAAAAGAAAAAUGGAGGGAAAGAUGUCACACAUAUGUAUUUUAGCAAUAGCCAAUAUUUCACUUGUGAAGACAAAGCUUUAACUUGUGCAAAUAAGACAUAUGCAGUACAAUGUAGUCAAGGGUUUAUUAUGAAUCAAGCAGGCAAUUGUAUUCAUAUAGAAAACUGUAAAACUAUAAUAGGAGGUAUUUGUAUUGAACUUGGAGGAGCGUUCGACUAUGAAAACAAAGAAUUUACAAAAUGUGAUAACAACUGCUUUUUAUGUGUAAGAAAUCAAUGUGAUAUACAAAUUUCAAUACAAAAUAUCUUAAAAACGACACCACAAUGUCCACUCGGGUAUUCGGUAUCCGAAAAUGGGAAGUGCACCGAGUCAAUAUCACAUUGUAUACAUCAAAGCGAACAAACCUGUUUACAAUGUGACAACAAUUAUAUUCUCUCAUAUGGAAAUUGUUACCAAACUGUUAUUAGUAACAAUGAAAGUUGUGGGGUAUAUUCUUCCAUUGGGUGCAUUCGAUGUAAAAAGGGGUAUUACACUGACAAAUCCAACAAAUGCAGCCCGUGUAACAUUAAGUGUACUGAAUGCACUGGAAACUCCGAGAAGUGUCAGAGUUGUAUUCCUGGGACGGUCUUGUCGCAUGGGAAGUGUGUCACAAUAUUUACUCUUGAGGGGAUAUGUACUUCAUUUGAAGCGAAUGGGCAAUGCACGCGGUGUACUGAUGGGUAUUUCACAGUGAAUGGAACGUGUCAGAAAUGCACACAUCCAUGUGCGAUAUGUAAAAAUGAAUUAGUUUGUGAAAAGUGUGAAAAUAUGUAUUUUAUGAAUGAAAUGAAUUUGUGUGAGAGUGUGUAUAACAUCUCAAAUUGUAGUGAAGUAUCGGACACUUCGGGUGUAUGCAGUGCUCCGAUGGGUAUUACAAAAGUGGACUACGCUGUGCUAAAUGUCAAACAAAUUGUUCGAAGUGUAUAA